AAGAAAAUUAUUGCAACUAUAAAAAAAAAACAGAGGAAGUAUUUCCUAAUAACCUUAUCCAAAAAUCCAUUAAGUUAGCCUUUCCUUUUCUCUUUGGCCAGAAUUUCCUCAUCUCAACCUCAUAUUUUAGCCAACUCCUGUUCACAAACUCUUACCAAACUGCCUGAGCUGCUCAAAAGGGGGAAAAACACCACACAAAACCUCCACACUCUAACUCUUUUACCCAUGGCUGCCGCAGCAACCGCUAGCACAACCGUGCAAUCUUCGCUUUCGACACCGAAACCAUCCUUCGCAUUUUUAACUAACAAACAACUACCAUCUGACCCAAUCCAAGUAAAAUUUGGUUCAACAAAGAAAUCAUACUCACCCUUAAUUUCACAACAUUAUUGUUUUACAAAUGAAUCAACUCCGAUCGCUUGCGUAUCCCACAAGCGGCGAGCCCCGAGGAUAGCUGCUGCGGUGACCGAGGAGGAAGUGGUAGAAACUGCAGGUGAUGUGGAGCAGGCACAAGAUGAAGCACAAAUUGAAAGUGAAAGUUCAAGUGAAAAGAAAGAUGAUGAAGUUCAAGUGAAUACUAAGCUUUACUUUGGGAAUUUGCCUUAUCAUUGUGAUAGUGCUCAACUUGCUGGUAUUGUCCAAGAGUAUGGCACCCCUGAAUUGGUUGAGGUUCUAUAUAAUAGAGACACAGGGAAAAGCAGAGGAUUUGCAUUUGUCACCAUGAGCAGUGUUGAGGAUUGCAAUGCUGUUAUUGAGAAUUUGGAUGGAAGUGAAUAUGGUGGGCGAUAUUUGAGAGUGAAUUUUGCUGAUAAUCCAAGGAAGAGAGAGCCCUUAUUUCCAGAGACCGAUCACAAAUUGUUCGUUGGUAACUUGUCUUGGUCAGUUACCUCAGAUAGCUUGUACCAAGCGUUUCAAGAGUAUGGAAAGGUGGUGGGAGCAAGAGUGUUGUUUGAUGGAGAGACCGGUAAGUCAAAAGGCUAUGGUUUCGUUUGUUACUCAACAAGAUCAGAAAUGGAAAGUGCCCUUGAAUCUCUUAAUGGAGUGGAAUUAGAAGGCCGACAAAUGCGAGUAAGCUUGGCAGAAGGGAAGAAAUUAUAGGUGAAGGACAUGGUGCUAAUUACCCAUUUCUUUUGUGUUGUGAAAAGAAAAAACAAGGGGAUGAAAGAAGAUCUAGUCCUGCUUUUGAGUCAUCUGGCUCACCCGGCGUAUGGUGUUCACGACUUCGUGAGUAUUGAGAUGAUUCUUGUGUUACUAUUCUCAGUAAUGAACAUUAUAGAUGAGGUGAGCAUGGGUUGCUCUUGAAAAAAGUUAUUCAUCUUCUAGAUUAAUUCUGAUUUUAUUACUCAUGUUUAGUUCUUAUUUGGUCUUAUGAUGGUUAUACAUAAAUCCAUACAAGAAAGAUUUAACAACAAAUCUAAGCAAUAUGAUUAUGAGAAGAUUCUUGUACGGUUUCGUCAUAAUUUCAUUCAAGUUAAAGGUUCAUAAGUUUAUUAAAGUUCAUAA